GCACGGGCACCCGGGGGCCACUUCACCUGUGUGAGGACGACUGUGCGAAGAAGAGAGGCACCUGCAACCUGGAGAAGGUCUGAAGCUCAGCGCGCUCCUCGGUGUCUGCUGGUGCUAAACUCACAGAAGCUGAACCCGCAGCUUUAAACAGAAAAGAAAAGAAAAAGUGUACUUUUCUCCUUUGCGCACUCGCUCCGGUGCGCACCGCUCCUCUGUGGCGCAGAGACUCGUUGGCACAGCUGAGCUCUGAGGGGCCCUCGGCUGCUGUGUUGCGUGUCCGACCUACAAGUCAGCGCCGGGACUUAAAAGCCUGCUGUAAGGAUGAUGUCCUACAUAAAGCAACCCCAUUACACCAUGAACGGGUUAAAUUUGCCUGGACCCGGAAUGGAUGUGCUCCACACAACCGUCGCUUAUCCAUCCACUCCCCGCAAGCAGCGCAGGGAGCGCACCACCUUUACUCGGACACAGCUGGACAUCCUGGAGGCGCUGUUCUCCAAGACCCGCUACCCAGACAUCUUCAUGAGGGAGGAGGUGGCCCUCAAGAUCAACCUGCCGGAGUCACGUGUGCAGGUUUGGUUUAAAAACCGCCGGGCCAAGUGCCGCCAGCAGCAGCAGCAGAGCAGUGGCCAGUCCAAGCCGCGCCCUCCCAAGAAGAAGGCCUCUCCAGUGCAGGAGCCCAACGCCCCUGAUCCUGUCCCCAACCCGUCUAGCUCCUACAGCCCCUCCUCUGUCCAGUCAGGGCCCAGCCUGGCACCGAGCUCCAGCACUGGAAACACAGCUGUGUCCAUCUGGAGCCCGGCCAUGUCACCCCUGCCUGACCCCCUGGCUUCUUCCUCAGCCCAGUGCAUGCAGCGGCCCUCACCUUACCCCAUGAGCUAUGGCCAGCCAUCGGCUUACACCCAAGGCUACGCCAGCACCACCUCCUACUUCACUGGCUUGGACUGCAGUGCCUACCUGUCCCCCAUGCACUCGCAGCUGUCGGGCACAGGGGGCGCUCUCAGCCCCAUCACCGUGCCCUCAAUGGGGGGCUCUUUAAGUCAGUCCCCGGCCUCCCUGUCCUCACAGGGCUACAGCACAGCCUCCUCCCUGGGCUUCACCUCUGUUGACUGCCUGGACUACAAGGACCAGCAGGCCUGGAAACUGGGCUUCACCACAAUGGACUGUCUGGACCACAAAGACCAAAACUCCUGGAAGUUCCAGGUGCUCUAGGAAGCGAGAGAGAACUUGUUAAAGUGUGUCAAACAUGUGUCAAACAUGUCAUGUGUGUCAGUGAGUUCUGUGUGAGAUAGUUUGAGGCAUGUUCUGCCCGAGGACUUGUUAUCCUUGAUUCUCAGUUUCUUGUUUGUAAGAUUUUGUUUGAUUUUCUAAAGUUGAUCUCUGUAGAGAUGCAUUUCACGACGAGAGGACAGUAACUGUCACGUACGCAGCCCGACUGCAAUCCAUGUCUGGUCUCCUCUUCAUGUUCCGUUCACCAAGGCAACAAAAGCCUCGAAAAGCGUUUUCAGGAGAAGACGAGCGGAGGCACUGAUCCAUCUCUCCCCGUGUGACGUGACUGUUCGACAUGAACUCUACACUUUGUUUGAAACCUACAUUAUCAUAUAGUGAAAGAUACUUUAACGUGAAGGGGCUCCCGAGUCCUUUAGGUCACUUCCUCUUUCAGGGUUAAUUUAUUUGAAGCUAUUUAUUAUUAUGUUAUCCUAUACCAUACAUAUGUAACUGGUUGCUUUUAGAUCGUUUUGAAUUUUCGUGUUGCGUGUU